UUCUUCCAGGAACCCAGCUCCUCCAACCUCAUCACCCACCUUCAAUCUUGCGCCAAACGAGACUUAUUUUAGGGACGAAAAUGCUGUGUCAACCUCCCUCCGUCGAGGCGGCAUACAAGCCAUGAAAACUGUCCAUUCGCGGACACGCACACGCAGCCAAAGCCCGCUGCAUUCGUUGGCUCCCAGCCACAGCCAGCAAUCAGCGAUUCAGCGCUCAGCAGCAAACAAAGCCACCUGUGUGGAUCCGGAUCAUUCAGCAAGCAGCAGCAGGAGAGGAGGUUGGCACGCUUGCUUCCGUUGGCGGCCUGGGCCAGCAGCCAGCGCGCAUAUAAAAAGCCUUGCUCGAUCCUCUGCGCUUUGCCGUGCUGUUCUGUUCCCUGCCUGCUCUUCAGCCUCUUCUCGCCGAGGCACACUGGCAGGACAGUGACAUCGCUCGCUCGCUCCUCUGCUGCUCUUCCCUCGUGAGUACUUUGAGCGCACGCCACGGCGCAGGGGAGCAGUUACGGGUAGCUCUUUAGUCUUUACUGCUUCGAUCUUCCUUCGUGUGUGUGUCCAAUUUAAUGCCCCGCUGAAUGCCUGAAACGAAAUGGAGCAGUUUCGUUCCGAUGGCUUUGUGAGCUGCUGCUGCUGAGCCGCCAUUGAAUGCAGCCAUCGUUCCCGGCCCUCUCCUCCUUCUCUUGAGUCUUGACCUGGCUUUGGAAGGAAGAAGAAGGCGAUGAACUAUCUGAGGAGCCGGAGCCUGAAGCGGCUCCUGUCCCUCGGCCGCCGGAGCAACCCGGACGAGGAGUGCGCCGACGCCGACGCCGUCGCCGCCGAGCCGCCGCCGCCCAGCAAGCCCACGUGGCGGUGCUUCUCGUACGAGGAGGUCGACCAGGCCACCAAUGGCUUCCACCCAGACAACGUGGUGGGCCGGGGCGGGUACGGGGAGGUGUACUGCGGGAUCCUGGAGGACGGGCGCGCCGUGGCCGUGAAGCGCCUGGCGUCGUCCUCCGCGGCGGCGGCCGACGAGAAGAAGGAGAAGGACUUCCUCACGGAGCUCGGCACCGUGGGCCACGUGCGCCACCCCAACGUCUCCUGCCUCCUGGGCUGCUGCCUCGACCGGGGACUCCACCUCGUCUUCGAGUUCUCCACCCGCGGCUCCGUCUCCGCCAACCUCCACGACGAGAAGCGACCGGUGAUGACGUGGGCGCAGCGGCACGGGGUGGCGGUGGGCACGGCGAGGGGGCUCCGGUAUCUGCACAAGGGGUGCGCGCGGCGGAUUAUUCACCGGGACAUCAAGGCGUCCAACAUCCUUCUCGACGCGGACUACGAGCCCCAGAUUUCAGACUUCGGGCUCGCGAGGUGGCUGCCGUCGGAGUGGACGCACCACGCCAUCGCGCCCAUCGAGGGCACAUUCGGGUGUCUGGCGCCGGAGUACUUCACGCAUGGCAUCGUGGACGAGAAGACGGACGUGUUCGCCUUCGGCGUCUUCCUCCUCGAGCUCAUCUCCGGCCGGAAGCCCGUCGACGGCUCCCACAUGAGCCUCCUCGCAUGGGCCAAGCCUUACCUGAACGACGGCGUGGUGCAAGGGCUCGUGGACCCGCGGCUGGGCGACGCCUACGACGCCGGCCAGCUGAGGCGCCUCAUGUUCGUCGCCUCGCUCUGUGCCAGGUCCGCCGCCGCCUGGCGCCCCACCAUGACAGAGGUGCUGGAGCUACUGGAGUCCGGUGAGAUAUCGCAGGAACGGUGGCGGAUGCCCGAGGAAGCCGUGGAGGAUGAGUUCUGGGAUUUCGACGAUCUCGACGACUUCGACGAAGACGAUGACGACUACGACGACGAAUCGGAUACGCCCUCGAUAACUUCAUCAGCGUGCAGCAUCCACGCCAAUGAUUGAGCCCACUCCCAACAAAAAUGUUUUGCAGCUGUCAGUAGAUCGAUCGAAACGCACAUUUGGGUGAUUUUGUCUUAGGAAGAGAUACGAUCUCUCCUCGAGAUCUUAUCCGUGUACAUAAAGCAAGUCGAGAAAAAUAGAGAGAUCCAAUCCAUCAAUCAAUUAUUCAAGCCCAUGCAUACAGUUCCCAUUAUUA